AUGGUAUCAGUUAUAAAUGAUAAGGAGGAAUAUGAUGCAAUAAUGGCCAUCCUUUUAAAGCUGCCGUUAAAGAGGAAUUUAAGUAGAUACCAAGUAUUUAGGCUUCGCAAGAAGGCGGAACACUUUCUUGUACUUAAUGACAUGCUCUACUUAAAUGAUAGAGAAGGACUGCACAAAAAAGUGUUCUACAAGACCCAGAUCGAUAUCAUGGCAUUAGAGAUUAAAAGACUUCACAAUACCAACCAUUACGGCCAUAAUAGGAUGUAUGAAUUAUGUAAGGACUAUUUCUUUACCACACCCAGAACUAUUGUGAGAGAUAUUAUUGAAAUCUGUAAUGCUUGUAAAACAUCACGGCCUUUAAAGUAG